UAGUCAUUGUCUCUCUUUCACUCCUGCCUUCCUUCGUUAUCUGGCUUGAUGAUAUUGUUGUUGUUGUUGUUGCAGCAGCUUUCCCAAAACAUGGUGAUGAGCAGUUCAAGGUUGCGGGAAAUAUUAUUUCCUGGUUUUGCGAAGAAGAAGAAGAUGAAGAAGAUUCUGCCUGGCGGAUAAACUGCAACUGGAGGUGAAUAGAACUGGAGUGUGAUAUUUUUUACUCAUCGGGUGUUCCAAGCUGUGCAUGUUGUUGUUAGUGGUGUUGUUGGUGAGUAGUAUAUGAUUCAGUCGCCGUUGGGGAAUGAUUUCGCCACAGAUGCUCGAGCUGGGACUGAUUAUUCUCUCACCUCGAACGGCGAUGAGGAGCCUUAUGGCGAAACGCAAGUGAAUCAGAUGAAAUGUAACAAGAGACCUUUGAUUCCCCAGGUCGGAAACCUUUAAAAUACUGUGUGGACAAGUUUGUUGCUGCCACGUUCUGAACCACAUCACACGCUUUCACUGCACAAUAUUAAAUUUUCUGUAUGUGGUCCCUCCUGGAUGGAGACUUGGAAGCCUUCUUAACCGUGAUUGAUUCGUCUCUUCCAAUCUUCAAUUCUCAUUCAGAACAGCACCAUUCUCUGUGCUUAUUUUUAUUUUUAUUUUUUGUGGUUGAGCUCUUUAUGCCACACUGUCCCCCUGUGCUUGAAAACCUCAACCGGGUUACGAUCACGACUGAAGCGAAGUGUAACCCAAAUUGUUUUGGCUUUGACUAGAAGUUGCCACUUCGAGGUGUGUGGGAAAUCAGUCAUGGACAUGACCGAGUUUUUCUUUUCUGCCAACAAACCGUCCUCGUACAUGGUCCUAAACGAAUCCGGCCGCGCGUACUACAAUCGGCGGCCUCACGUGGUGGAGCUUCUGGUGGCCAUGUGCUGCAACAAAUGCGAGGAGAAGAUCCAAGAGAUCAUGCUGGACAUUGAAGGCGUCACCGGAGUGACGGUGAAUCCCAUUACACAACGAGUCACGGUGUCCGGUUAUGUGGACGCGUUGAGAAUACUGAAGAGAGCUCGAAAGGUCGACAAACAUUCGCAGUUGUUGUUGUUGUUGCCGGAGGCUUCAUCGCCGAGGAAACAUCAUCACCGAAGUGGGUACAGGCCCUCAUCUUACGAGAUCUCCUGCAGUUUGAAGCACCGGCCUCCAGUUCACCCAACCUCAUACAAUCGCUACAAACCUGCCCGUGCUGGCCAUGACGUGCACGCGCCACGCUUUGAGGGUUCCGUCAGCCCUGUGAUCACGAAUCCCUGCUACGUCAAGUACUUCGAACCGAAUUACUUGCACUGAGAAAACAAAACAAAUGCAAAAAAACAAAAACAAAAACACGGCACUUCGAUGAUGAGGUUUGAUGAUUCCCCGGGCUAUUGUUCAAGCCUCGUUGUACAUAGAGCAAUCAGUAGAAGUAUUGUAUAGAAUUUGUGCAGUGUUGUUGUUGUUGGUGUCGAGGCUUCGAGUGAACUACAUUUUUUUCGCGAAAGCUGCAGCCUCGUCGUUCAGAAAAAUCCAGUCCACACAUUGUCUAGAGCAAUACAGUUACAAAACGAAAUGCGAGCGGUGUAUUGAUUGAGUUUGAGCUCGUUGACAUUGUCAUGAAGGAGUUCCAAGUGAAUGUAAAUAUGAGUAUAUUUCUAGUCUAUACU